AUGAUUAGGCGUUCUCUUCUUGCGCUCUUGCAAUUUGCAGCUCGUCCAUCAUGUUCAAGAACGACAUCUCCUAGAUUUAUUGGUUUGCGACAGUUUCAUUCUGCAAAACUGCAGUGUUCUGUGGAAAAAACCCGUCAAGAAGAAGAUUUUGAGCAACGUCUCAUUAAUAAUCGACGUCAAUUGCGGAAAAGACGUCAGAUAUCUUCCGCACUUGCGAAAAACCUAAGAAAGCCCGAAGUAGUAGCGAUGGCGUUAUCGGAAUCGUUUGACCUUGAUGGCAUUUUAACUGAUUCAUCAAUCACUAACAUGUUCAAUGUUUCGUACAUCGAUGAA